CCUGGGCAACAGAGUGAGACUCUGUCUCAAAAAAACAAACAGAAGAAAAACCACACAAAAAAACCUUUUGGUAAUUUCUUUGGGUAGGUUUUAGUUUUUUAGAGAGCAUAAAUCCAAAUCCAUUCAUUUCCGUAAAACAUCAGACACAAUUUGAUGUGUAUUUGGCCACCAAAUAUGGUGCAAAAAUUUAUGUAGUCUGGAGAUACUUAAAAGCAACACAGGUGCGACUGUACCUUUCUGCAGUCAGCACAGUAGUGGCAAUUUCAGGUGGUGACACAAAAGGUUGGGCAAUAGUUGAAAAGUGGGUGACAUGAAAUGUGGUGGUGGGAUGGGGGCAGGAAGCCGAUGUUAAGCUGGUGAACUUUACUUUGCUUCUAGCUUCCAGUGACCCAAAAUCACCUCGUCUAGAGUAGAGCUCAGGAAUUUGCAGUUUUAAAAGCAACUCUAGAUGAUUCUGGUGUACAAGUUUGGGAAACAGUGGCUUGAACCUGAUAUUUUCUCUGAACUCUUGUCAUUUUCCUUAGAUUUUUCUUUUGGCUUUGAUUUCUCUGUCUGAUUCUUGUCUCAUUACACUAGCACUUCUUCCUAAUUUGACAAGAAAGCCUAAUUUGACAAUUAAGGCUUGCUUAAUUGUCAAGACUAAUUUGACAAGACUCUUCUUUUACUGUCUUAUUUGACUUUUGCUAUGAGAAUCUGCUUCUUUCUUAGACUUAAGUGUAUGAUAAAUUAUUCAUGACCAAGGGCCUUGUUUUUCUUUCAUUAGCAUGGGAUUUAGUGGCUUGUCUCAUGUUACAGGAUUUAGAGAGUUGAUACUACAUUUAAAUUUUUUGUUAAGAAAUGUGUACAUCUUCUUUCUUACUUAGGUAUUUUUCCUGUUUGAGGGACAUGGUUUGCAAAGGUCAGAAUGAAUGAGCCUCAUAGUUUUUGUCAAAAGAGAAUAUUGAUGUACAACUGAAUAAUCAGAAUGUUCAUAUUAAGGCAUACUAUAUAGCCAUUUAAAAGAAUGAUGAUUAUAUAAAAGACUUGUGGAAGUCUAUAAUACAUAGCUGAAUAACAAAAUAGAUUAUAGAACAGUAGGUAAAAAUGAGCUUAUUUUUGUCUAAGCCACUUCCCCCCAAAAACAUGCAAAAUUAUAGCUAUUAAUCUGUAUGUGUACAGAUAAAAGUCUUCAAGGAUAUAAAAUAAAUUCUAAUUAUAUUAUCUUAAUAAUAAGUUUAUUAUAAUUAUACAUGUUUUCCUCUGAGGAAAUGGAUUGCAGAUGAUGAUUGAAGGGAUUUUCAAUUUUUAUUUGUAUAUUUUUGUAUUUGAAUUUCUAAAUAAGCAUAUGAUUCUGUUUAAAAAUUCCGAAUAUACUGAUUUUUUAAAUGUGAUGUGAUAUCCAGAUAUGUAUUUAAUUCUUCCUAUAAAAUAUCAUUUCUUUAAAUCUAGGCUAUUGGAAAAGGAGAAAAGUAUUAGGAAUUUAGAGAACUUACUGCAUGUUAGAACCAAGGAGAACAAGAAAAGCUUUAGCUAGUGUUUUGGAAACAGUAGCAGCUCCCACUCCCAGCAGUAGCUGAUGCACUCAGGUGACUCUCUGCACAUGCUUUUGCUUCCUUUGGGUUGUUUGGUCCGCAGUUUGCAUUCAUCGAUCAGUGAGUUGAUUCAGACUCAAACCCACCGACAGCAAUGAAUGUUGAGUGCAGCCAUCAGUGUUUUCAGUUGGUGGGGUUGCCUUUGCCCUGCCUGACUCCUGGCUCUUCUUUUCCAUCUCAGUUCUUUGAAAUCUGUGUUUCUGGCUUCUCCCUUAGUAACCAGCUACCUGCAUGAUUGAAGGCCUACAUAAGUAUCCAUAACAUUGACAUUGGAGCUGGGAGGUUAUUGCAGAUGAGGAAACUGUGGUUCAGAGAAGGAAGGAGAACUUGGAGAACCUCACAGGUAGCACUGCGACACACAGGCAACACUUGCGUAUUAAUACCUAUAAACCACAGCUGAGGGACCUGCUUUUCCUCUCUGUUUUAAACCGAGAAGUAUGAGUGCUUUUUCGAGGUAAAUUAGCAGAUUAUGUUGGAGUUUAAUAAUAACAGCUUACAUAUAUUGAGCAUUUGCUCUGGGCUAGUAAUGGCACAAAGCACCUUAUAUAUUAUCUCAUUGGAUCUCAAAACUCCAUGAUAGGUACUCUUAGCCUCUGUUUUAUAUGUGAGAAAACAGAGACACUUGCUUAGGGGGUCAAACAACUAGUUAAGGGGUUGAGCCAAGAUUCAUCCCAGAUCUGACCGACGCCAGGGCUAACUUUUUGCUUGAAUUUAGCAAACAUUUAAAUAAGCAUAUGUGGGGAUAUGUGGGCAUAGCUCAUGCUCUAACUGGGAUAUCAAAAAUUAACCACAUUAACGCUAAUUCAAAGUGAAAUGUGAUAAGAACUGUCACAACUGGAUAAUUUUGUGCUAUUUUUGCUUAUUAAAUCCUCCCCUUGCCCCUAAUUAAAAAUUUUGAGAGGAUGUGGGACAAAUGGGAGUAAUUAUUUAACUAGAUUUUAUUCCAAAACAAAAUAUGUAUUUUAAAUAAAUUUUUACUUGCUACAUCCUGUUUCUCACCAGAAUGGUGCAUAUCUAGGAGACAGUUAAGUACAUUAGAUAUCAUCAUGGACUGCUCCUUACCUUGUUGAAAUGAAAUACUUUUUUGUAAAAACAAACAAAAAAACCCCACACAACAGAAAGCAAGGAACAGUGAGCAAUAGGAAUAAAUUUCACUGGACCACAUUUGGGGGAUUGCAGGACCAUUUCUGGUGAACUCAUGUGACAUGUGAAGGUACAACUUGCUCUUUUGCUUCAGGAAAUGUAGUGUCGUCUGUAAGGACCCCGAGGUACAGUCAACGGUCAGUGGUUUUUUCAAAUCCCAAACUCACCGACAGCGUUGAAUGUUCCUUGGAGUCCUCUGAAGGCUGGCCUGAUAGCCCUUCUUCGUUCUCCCAUCCACAUUCCAAGAACCAGUGAGCAGUGAGACCACUGCUACUGGAGGCUCUCAUGUUCCUCUCUGGGUUUCAAGUCGAGAGUAUUUAAAUUAUAAAAUCGAUUUGUGUACAGCAGAGAACUAAUAAACUGUGGGAUAGACUGUGUAGUAAUUUAUACAAGCAGACUUGAAUGUCUGAGAAAAUGUCUUUGAAUGGUACUAUUUUGUGAUUCUAAAAAUGUAAAAUACCUGAUUUUCCAGUAGUAUUUUAAUUGUUAAAGAACAGGGGUAAGAAAUUAACAUAUAUUGGGGAUCUGCUAUGUGCUAGGAUUUGUAUAUUUUAUCUUAUUAAAUUCUCAACAACCCACAUUUUCCUGAUGAAAAAACUUGAGAUGAAGUGAUUUGCCUAAAGUUACAUUGCCAGGAGCCAAGGUUAUAAGCCAGAACAUGAAUACUGGACUUCAUGUUUCCGGUGUUGACUGAUCAUACUGCUUCUCUUGUCUACUACAGAACUUGCUGUUGAUAUCUGGGAGUAGAACCAUCACUGCAGAGCCAAAGUCAAUAUGUAAAUUUCUUCUACUUGUUUGCCUGUAAUAAUAGCAGAGAUACCAUGAGAUAUUGAAACCCACAUGUCUCCAACAUGGGGAUUUUCUGUUCCAGAUGAUCGGGCUGAACAACGAACCUGUCUCAUUUGUGGGGACCGCGCUACAGGCUUGCACUAUGGGAUCAUCUCCUGUGAGGGCUGCAAAGGGUUUUUCAAGCGGAGCAUUUGCAACAAACGGGUAUAUCGAUGCAGUCGUGACAAGAACUGUGUCAUGUCUCGGAAGCAGAGGAACAGGUGCCAGUACUGCCGCCUGCUCAAAUGCCUCCAGAUGGGGAUGAACCGGAAGGCUAUCAGAGAAGAUGGCAUGCCUGGAGGCCGGAAUAAGAGCAUUGGGCCAGUCCAGAUAUCAGAAGAAGAAAUCGAAAGGAUCAUGUCUGGGCAGGAGUUUGAGGAAGAGGCCAAUCACUGGAGCAACCAUGGUGAUAGUGACCACAGUUCCCCUGGGAACAGGGCUUCGGAGAGCAACCAGCCCUCACCAGGCUCCACACUGUCCUCCAGUAGGUCUGUGGAACUAAAUGGAUUCAUGGCAUUCAGGGAACAGUACAUGGGAAUGUCUGUGCCUCCACAUUACCAAUACAUACCGCACCUUUUUAGCUAUUCUGGCCACUCACCGCUUCUGCCCCCACAAGCUCGCAGCCUGGAUCCCCAGUCAUACAGUCUGAUUCACCAGCUGUUAUCAGCCGAGGACCUGGAGCCACUGGGCACGCCCAUGUUGAUCGAAGAUGGAUACGCUGUGACACAGGCAGAACUGUUUGCCCUGCUUUGCCGCCUGGCCGACGAGCUGCUCUUUAGGCAGAUUGCCUGGAUCAAGAAACUGCCUUUCUUCUGCGAGCUCUCAAUCAAGGAUUACACGUGCCUCUUGAGCUCCACAUGGCAGGAGCUAAUCCUGCUGUCCUCCCUCACCGUUUACAGCAAGCAGAUCUUUGGGGAACUGGCUGAUGUCACUGCCAAGUACUCACCCUCCGAUGAAGAAUUACACAGAUUUAGUGAUGAAGGGAUGGAGGUGAUUGAGCGGCUCAUCUACCUCUAUCACAAGUUCCAUCAGCUAAAGGUCAGCAAUGAGGAGUAUGCUUGCAUGAAAGCAAUUAACUUCCUAAAUCAAGAUAUCAGGGGUCUGACCAGUGCCUCACAGCUGGAACAGCUGAACAAACGAUACUGGUACAUUUGCCAGGAUUUUACUGAAUAUAAAUACACACAUCAGCCAAACCGCUUUCCUGAUCUCAUGAUGUGCUUACCUGAGAUUCGAUAUAUUGCAGGAAAGAUGGUGAAUGUGCCCCUGGAGCAGCUGCCCCUCCUCUUUAAGGUGGUGCUGCAUUCCUGCAAGACAAGUGUGGGCAAGGAAUGACCUGUUCCCAGCGCCCUCCUCAGGCCAACCACAGCGCCUUGGGUGGGCAGGACAGGCUCUGGAGGAAAAAGCCGGAGAGACCAAGAUGGAGUCUGUGGAGCAGCAUUUCCCAUUGCCUCCAUAGCAAGAAGAGUUUUUGUUUGUUUGUCUGUUUUUUUAACCUCAUUUUUCUAUAUAUUUAUUUCACGACAGAGUUGAAUGUAUGGCCUUCAACAUGAUGCACAUGCUUUUGUGUGAAUGCAGCCAAUGCAUUUUCUUACAGUUUACAGAAUGUGAA